AGAGUGAAAAAUUCUUAUCAGUUCGCCAAGUGAAAAGUAUUGAAAAUAUUGUUGUCCAAAGAUUUCCAAUAUUUUCAUAGGUUUUCUAUGUUUUCGGUGGAUAACAAGUAUUAUUCUGUCUAGUUUUGCAUGCUAGAAUUGAUUGGGCGAGCCUUUUCUUGAAAAUUGCAGAAAGUUUGGUGAAUUAUUAUCAAAUAACGAAUCUUCCGUCAAGUCAGCCUAGUAAAGUCGUCAUUGUUCAAAAAGGAAUAAUAACAAUGAUUGUUUAAAGCGCAGAAAAAGAUUGUGUUUUGCCUCGGAUACCUGACAACAUUUUAUUAGGUCAUAAAUCGAUUGCAGAAAAUAAAUCGCCAUGCUGAAUAUGAAUCUGGUUGUACCAGUGGUUCUGUGGGGCCCAAAUACCCCCACCCAUUGCGUUUCGAGUGUAUUCCUGUCACGAGACCAGAAGAUCCUUGCUACUGGCUGUUAUGAUGGUCAGAUUUGCUUAUGGCAAGUAGAUCCGGACACGCUGCAGAUGACACCACGUUGCUUGCUCGUCGGGCAUACGGCUCCGGUGCUCUGCCUCACUCGAGCAUCAAUCGUACAGGAUAACAAUUUUCUUGUCAGCUCAUCGGAAAAUGGCGAAAUGUGUACUUGGGACUUGGUGGAUGGGAAGUGCACAGAGAGCAUUAAAAUGCCGCAAGUUCAUACCAAUAUUCAGGCAUAUCAUAUGGCCAAUUGCGAUGACAUUCGUCUUUUUUGCAAUGGCUAUUAUGCAGAAAUCAUGGUAAUGGAUCCAUUUAGUCUUGAGGUUUUGUUUUGUUUGAGUUCUAAAGUAAACCCGGACUGGAUAUCGGCGUUGCAUGUUUUGAGGCCAUCUAAGCGCAAGGAUGAUGUAGUUCUCGCCAUUACAACAACAGGAACGGUUAAAGUCUGGACGCUAAUCGGAAACGAAAACAAAUACUCUGAGCCUAUAUAUGAGAAUGAGUCGAAACAGAUUCGAUGUUUGAAUGCUAUCACCAUGAACUGUUGCUCGCUGAAUCAACGAACUGUGCUAAUAGUUUGCGCCAAGUAUUGGCAAAUUUACGACGCUGGAGAUUUCACCGUAUUGUGUAGCGUAAUUUCGCCCUCCGGAGAGCGCUGGAUGGGAGGUGACUUCUUAUCCAAUGAUCGUGUUAUUUUAUGGUCCGACGAAGGAAAGGGUUACAUGUAUCGUUUGCCUGCGAAUAGCAUUCCAGAUAAUAAGGAUUUCCACGGACCGUCGGUUGGCAAGGAUUCCCCGUUUUUGUACUGUGUGCUGUCUCAAGCGGGCGAAAAGCCACUAUCUUGCCCCCCUACGAUAAAAUUGGUCACCUCGCAUCGGGGCGGUAAAACACAGAAGUAUCUUCUUCGUGGUGAUUCCGAAGGUUAUAUCCAUAUCUGGGCCGUUCCAGAUAUAACUAUGGAGCAGAUUAAAGUAAUUCAAAAUGAGAAACAGUUACCCGCGACACUCCAAUCAACAAUCUGUACCAGUCUGGCGGAAGCUUGGAACAAAAUGAAUCCAUUACCUGUUGGUAUUCUCGAUCAGCUAUACAGGAACAGCACCGAACCGAUGAUCAAGUUAACGGCCAGCAUCUAUCUUCCGCAACAGAGUCGACUAGUUGUUGGUCGCGAAGAUGGUAGUAUCAUCAUUGUGCCAGCUACUCAAACCGUGAUGCUUCAUUUAUUGCACGGUCAACAUCAGGAUUACAAUGACUGGCCUCGUCAUCAGGUAUUAAACGGUCACAGCGGCCGGGUGAAUUGUUUGCUGUGUCCUUCUUUGGCCCAUCCACGUUACGACAAAUCACAUCUCGUUUCGGGGGGAGUUGAUUUUGCCGUCUGUUUGUGGGAUUUGUACAGUGGCCAACUGAUUCAUCGAUUCUGCGUUCAUGCCGGGGAAAUUACUCAGCUUCUGGUGCCACCACCAACAUGCAGUCCGAGAAUAUUGAAAUGUAUCUGCUCCGUUGCAUCUGAUCAUUCGGUUACCUUGCUAAGUCUACAGGAGCGAAAGUGUGUUACCUUAGCCAGUCGACAUCUGUUUCCGGUUGUAUCUAUCAAAUGGCGCCCACUAGAUGAUUUCCUUAUCGUUGGCUGUUCAGAUGGUACUGUGUACGUUUGGCAAAUGGAAACCGGUCAUUUGGAUAGAGUCCUACAUGGAAUUCUCGCGGAAGAAGUACUCAACGCAUGCGAUGAAAACAUAGGGGAUACUGGUAGUAGCAGCGGUUCUGCUUCCGACAUGGGACUAGCAAAUCCGGCUGUACAUUUCUUCAGAGGUUUACGUCAUAGAAACUUUAAUGCUAUUCGGCACGCCACGCAACGCGGAAUUCAUCAACUGCAGCAGCUUCAUGCUCACAACAAUCAGCACGGUGACUUCCUGAUGAAGAACAGAAGUAGCCCGUUGAUUAUUCAAGGUCUUCGCACCAACCCUAAAGAUGCUGAGAGUCAUAUCCUGUUUUUUGACAUCGAAGGAUUGAUAUUCGAACUGCAUGCCGAGGAGUAUGCAGCCAUGAGUCCUAGCACGUUGGAGGCGGAAGGGUUACUGGUACCAGCUGGAGUUGAGUCUCAUUCAUCUGAAGCUGGUAAAAAAAUAUCAGACUUUUUUGGCCGUGUUAAGAAUAAAGCUGGGGAUAUGGAAAAAAUUCUCAAAGAAAAAGAUAAACAUGGCAUACUGGCAAAAAUGAAGGAGGGCGCAGAAAAUGUACAGACUAAGGUGCAGGCCAAGCUGGAUAGUGUGGUGAAGAAUGUUGGUGAUACGGGUAAGGAAUCCUCGGACAUAUCGAAGAAGAUCGCACCGCGCAUGGAAGCUACUCAUGUAAUGGAAGUUGCUCAACUCCUUCUGUCAUUGUUGCAUUCAUGGGGUUUAGAUCCAAACUUGGAUAAAGUCUGUGAGACACAGCUCGGUUUGCUCAAACCAAUGAUCCCAGUGUCGUUCGGUGUAUUGUCAAAGGGCGGUUACAUGACCUUACUAUUACCGACCUGGCAGAACAAUGUUGAUCUAAAAAUCAGUGCAGAGGAAGUCAAAGCAGCAUCUUCCACGGCGGAAUUAAUGAGACAAAAACAUUUGACCAGCAUAUUUACAGCCCGUCUUCAUUGGGAGCUCAGCACCACCCUAACGUCAAAUCAUUUGCUGGCGUUGAUCUCCAUGUCGAAUACGCUCAUGUCAAUGAAUAUGGCUACAUUCAUAGCGGAACAAGAACGUAAUCGCAAAAUGCAUCGACAGACAACCCGCGCUUCAUGGACCAAUGACGAAGAACAGGAGGAACUCUAUACUCAGCAACAGGCGCAGAUCAAGCAGGGUUGGAGCCUUCUUUCUACCCAUCAUUGUUUCUUGCUGCCAGAGAAAAUUGAUGCUUUAGAUGCGAAUACGUUUAAACGACCUCAAGUAGAAAUGAUGGCCCGACGUUGGCAGCAUCAUUGCUUGGAAAUACGUGAGGCAGCGCAGCAGUUGCUGCUCGGUGAACUUGGACGUAUGGGUAAAAAGGGCAGGAAACAACUGGUGGAAAGUUGGGCCCAAUAUUUACCGAUGUACACACAUACAGAACCAAUUGUGCAGCAAGCGCAAACCACUGGUCAAUCUAAUACUGGGUCACCUGUAGCCACGCCGGGUGCCCCGACCAUGGAUGUUCAAGAAGAAGAAUCCGAAGAAGAAGAAGAGGUCGUGCGUAAGCCAUCCAGCCUUGCCGAGCUAAAGCGCAAACAGACUACAGCUGUCGUUUUAUUGGGAGUAAUCGGAGCUGAGUUCGGACAAGAUAUUUCAUCGACAGAUGGAAAAAGAAACAACGAAAAUCGAAGAAAGAGCUCUGUCGUGGAAGGUUUCGGCAUCGGUAAUAACAAUCUUGCUCGAUCUACAUCAAUGGCACUGACACAUUUACUGCUAGCUCCUCCAACACCAAAGCUCCCAGCGUACACUCCAUUGAGAAGGGCGGCUAUUGAUUUGAUUGGACGCGGAUUCACCGUUUGGGAACCGUAUAUUGAUGUCAGCAAAGUACUUCUCGGAUUGCUUGAAAUGUGCUGCGAUUCGAACCGUCUCAUCCCCAGUUUAAACUACAAACUUCCGUUGACACCGCAGGCCGAUGCUUGCCGAACUGCUCGGCAUGCAUUGAGGCUUAUAGCAACGGCUCGACCGGCCGCCUUCAUUACCACGAUGGCCCGGGAAGUGGCCCGAUACAACACGAUGCAACAGAAUGCACAGGCUAUUAGUGUACCGAUUACGCAAUCGGUAUUGCACCGGGCCAAGCGUGAGAUUUUACAAUGUGUCGAAAUGUUGAUUGACAAAAUGCAAACCGAAAUCGCCAACCUGCUCGUCGAGGUAAUGGAUAUUACACUUCACUGUGUGGAUUCUGGUGAUUUGAAAAACAAGGGACUGUCCGAAGUAAGUCCGUCGAUGUGUAAAUUCAAUCAAGUAUCUCAUUGUAGUGCAUCACGACGAAUAGCUGUUGGCGCAAGCAACGGUCAUCUUGCCAUAUAUGAACUUCGGCAGAACAAAUGCCAGAUGAUACCCGCCCACACGAAACCGGUAACAGCGCUGGCGUUCAGCCCGGACGGUAAAUUUUUGGUCAGCUAUGCCUGUGCCGAAAAUCGCCUAUCGUUUUGGCAAACCAGCACUGGUAUGUUUGGACUCGGACAGUCGCAAACUCGCUGCAUCAAGGGAUAUUCGACGGCACCUAUUCCCGACGUGGCUCGGCUGAAUCCUAUGCGCUUGGCUAAACUGAUAUGGAUUAACAAUCGAACCGUGACACUAAUGUUGGCCGAUGGUUCUGAGACUAGGUUCAACGUUUAAGUAAGUAUGCAUAAUGAAAUUAACUAUUGAAAUUGUGUGCAAGUUGUCCAUUGUUAAUGUGUUAUGCAGGAUUGUCAUAGUUUUACUAAAUAUGACCGUUACCUACAUCUAAUAUCGAUGUUUCUUCUUGAGUCGAGGCUAUGAUUGGUAGAACUGUAUGAAUAUCCACUAAAUUUAAUCGAAUGUUUCUGUUUUUUCGAAUAAAUUUUUAAUUAUUUUACAACGUUUAAAAUGUGACACCCAUUUCUAAUUAACGAAACAUGAGUCUCCAACUCAUUUACACUAGAUAGCAGUCCAAUUUUUAGAAUUGAACAAACGAACGAUAACUAGAAAUUAUCGAAACUUCCGCGAAAUGAGAUAUAAGCCCUACUUUUGCUCUAUACCGCUUCUAACUGUCUUUGCUGGUCCGUGGCAAUAAGAUGUAGAUGCGCGAUUAAUACUUCCUCAGCGAAGAUGCUCGAGAAACAUAAAACGAAACGGAGAGGAAACUAAUUAAUUUUGAAUCAAUGCAGCGUGCACAGCGCCAGCGGCUUAUAUAAUUAUGCAAAAUUUUCGCGUUUUGGACGGAUUAUUCCGGUCUUCUCUCAUCUUGCUUGUUUUCUCACAUUGUCGCUCUGAUGGUUGGCCAAAUAUAGCUUUCGUUCCAAGCGGAAGAUAAUGAACCAAAAAUGGGUAGGAAGUGGACGAUUUAUGACUUGACCCAUUUCUGUAAAGCGGUUACUAAGUUUCGAUCGUGUGACUCAUGUCGGACAGGUACCGUGACCUGGAUUAGUUGUGAUUAUUGUUGGAUAGAAAAUCGUUUGUUAUGGGUCAAGUAUAUGUUCCUAUAAAUUUGAUUGUGUGUCUCAUAGUAUGUUGAACCGUGUUAGAUUUUCGGAUUCCUUCCUCGAGAAGAUAAAGUGUAAAAAUCAAAUGUUCGGUCAGUAUCCCAUUACUUUCCAUUUAAAAUCCCCGAAACAUGAUCCGUUAUUUUGUCCAAUCUUUUACUUGAGAAACAUUAGUAAAGAAGCCGAAAGUGGCACCGAAUGUGAAAAAUAUUCAAGUCUCUCAGUUUCCCAUGAGAAAACUACAGUUCUGCUGUUGAUGCUUGAAGACUCUUGUUCAUGUUUAUACCCACAGAGUAUUGCCUAUUCUAUUAUAUAUGCUUGUUAGUACCUACUAGUAAAAUUAACCGUUGAAAUAUAAAUAAACAUUAUUUAUCACAAGAGAA